CUCCUCCGUCCUAUCGAUUAUUCCGUGAAACACAUACACACGCAGGUUUAGUUGCUGUCCUAAAUACCGUCAGAACACACAACAAAUGUCAGGGCACGAGUAACGUUCUACUCUAUGUCUACAAGGAAACAGAAUGUGGUUAAGAAACUUAAAAAGCCGGAGGAAAAAGAGUCAACGAACGAGCGGGAUAAGACCAAGAAAGAUGAAAAGCUCAAGCCGAAACUUGCAUCGCAAAGUCCGAAGGAUCCGAAGCCAAAAGUUAAGCCUUCGUCGCACACCUCCAGGACAGAAUUAAAGCCAAAGCCUUCGAAAGUAGAUGUAAAAUCAAAACAAUCGAAUGUAGAUGUAAAACCAAAACCUUCGAAGACCGCGACGGCUGUUAAAGUGAAGCCUUCACCGAAAACAACGAGGACGGAAACGACUGCUAAACCGGCAAUCAAGAGAAAAACAACCAGGAGCCCGCUAAACAGCAGUCGAGUGGUUAAAUCAAAGUUUUUCCCUACGAAAUCCAUGUACGCGAGCGCUCUUCAAAGCCGUGCAUCAUCUCCAAUCCCAAGAAGUCCUGAACGACCCCGCACCGCGACCUUGCGCAAAGGUAGCAUAGUUAACAUGAACAUAGCUGGACCAGACAUUCCCAAAGCGCAGGCACACGCGGAACCAGAAGAUGAUUACGAAGACGAUUUUGAUUCCUACAAUUCUGACUUCGAGGAUUACGAAUCUUCUUCGUCAGCAUCGUCAUUGCCUAGUCAAGUUGAAACGGAAUCUUCGGAUUCCGAAGACCAACCAACCACGAAAUCUCAAGUUGUUGAAGAUGAGAAGAAACUGGAUUCCGGAAAUUUCGAUUUACCGGAAGAAAGUAAACACAAGCCAAUGCUGGAUGACAUAUUGGAGACCAAAACGAAUCCGGCUUCACUCUCUGACGAGGGCUUCGAAGAGACCAAAUCUUUGCAAUUCAUUAAUUUUUUGGAUGCUAGACGGAAACAGCAGAAGCAAAAGGCGGAACGAAGACGCAGCAGACGCGGCGAAGAGCUGAUGAGUAUGAUACGAUUGGAUCAUCAGAACUUCACGCUGUUCGAAAUCGCACCGAUUAGUUACGACACUUUCAUAAAGUCGUUUGGAGGUAAAAACAACGUGCAGGCUUCGUCGCAAACGGGCGAUGAUUGGAUCGAUGAACAAGUACAAACCGAUUACAUUGGGAACAGUAACAAGUGGACGCAAUUUCCUAACAAGUUUGCUCAAUUCGAAAACCUAAGUAAGUUUAAGGAGGAGAUCAAGGGCUCCGGAAGUGAUGAAAUUACUGCUGGAGAAGUAAAUGUCAUUUAUAACGAAUUCAGACUGAGCAAAUUCCUUCGACAAAGAGUUCCGGAUGUUCUUGAUCUGCUGAGGAAAAAGGAGAAGCCGCCGGAGGUUUCGGAGAAUUUAGGAUUUAGCGAUGGUUUUCGUAAAUUGUAUUUCAGUUUUUCGGAGGGUCGCCAAGUGAAUUGCUUAGAGUUUAGUGAGGAUGGGAAAUUGUUGACUGUUUAUGGAUGUAGAUCAGAUGAUUUACGGAGUAUCGGAUGCAUUUGGGAGAGCGAUGAACCUGUUGAGGUCUUCGCUGAGUAUGGUUCAGUGAGUUGCGUCACUUUUGCAAAGGAAAACUCGAAAGUGAUAUUCGCAGGAUCUGAAGAUGGAGCAAUUGCUGUUUGGGAUUUGUCGCAAGUUCAUCGAAUCGAACACUGUUUACCGUCCGAUGAUGACGACGCACGUGUGGUGAUGCAAUUACCUAAUUUCACAUUACCAGCAUGUACGAUGAAUUGCAACAGAGUCAAUGCUAUCAAAACGUAUCGUAAUGAAGGUUCACAACAGGAAUUCGCUUCUUCCGCUCAAGUUGCAGCCCUUUACGAGAACGGUUUCUUGAUGAUAUUGGGAGUUAUCUACAAACCUAAUAUAGGUAUAUCUCUGGUCAAGAACGUCUCCCUUUCGUUGACCAUGCAAAUCAAUAUGCAAUGUAUAUCAAUGGUAGCAUUUUCGAACCAAAUUUAUAUUGCCACAAAUCAAGGCCAAAUUCUGCACAGCACUUCUGCAGGUGUUAAGAAAUCAUUUUCUAUUGGAUCAAUUAGCGAAGUGACAUGUUUGGACCUUCAUCCCUACUGUUCGGAUUACUUUCUAGCAGGAUUCAGCAACGGUUGCAUUUCGAUAUUUUUCAAACUUAAGCGGAGGCCGUUGAUGACUCUGCAGGACGACGAGGAUAUGGAAAUACGCCAAAUCCAGUGGUCCCACAACAAGCCAUGCUCUUUUUACGUUUUGUGCAAUAGAGAUUUAAUCACCGUUUGGGAUCUGGCUAUCAGCGAUUUGGUGCCAAUCCAAACAACUGCAUAUGGAAUUCCAAUUAGAUCUAUGAAAAUUCACAAAUCAUCGAUGGCUGUAGCGACCGUUGAUGGUCCAUUGAAGUUACACACUUUGAAGGAGGACCGGACGCGUUUUGAUGAGGAACUGAAGAUGUUCAAGAACUACCUGAGACGUUUGUAACUGUUAACUAUUUACACUCGAUUUGUUAUAUAAUAUUAUAAUAAAAA